GGCUGUGCCCUGUUAAGAGCUUCUGUUGCUAAAUAUAUCAUUCGAAAAUGAAACAAGAUUAGAGCAGCAGACGCAAACGAAACAUUGGAGCUGGAAUAGAGCUGAUUGAACUAUUGCCUCCAAGGGUAAUUUCAAGAACCUGGGAGAUUGUGCGUUUAGCUAUUUACCAGCGAAAACUAAAGAGCCUCCAUACAUCAAAAGACAAACAUAAACCAUCGAAAUAGAGGAAGUAAAGUGGAAAUCAAACAACUUCUGUCAGUUUAUGCAAGAUUCAAAAUCUCACCCAGACCUUCUGUAAUACUCAGAGAAAAGUAAAAGAUAACGUUAUUGUCGGACACAUUUGAUCUGGAUAUCGUGUCCCCGUGGCUGUUCGACCGACUGUCUGUGUCGAGUUAUUUUGAGAUAGACACAGUUCCGAGAGAAGAUGUAUCCUCCGCUACCCCUGGCUAUUAAAUCAGUGCUUAUUGUGGAGGCUUGUCUUAUCGUCGCUUUCAACAGUAUAAUAUGGUUCCUUUUCUUAAAGCGUCGUCACUUGCGAAACAAGUCUAACUAUUUUAUUGCUUCCUUAUCUGCUUCGCACCUCCUCAUUGGGCUGUUCGCUGUGCCUUGCUAUGUAUCAUCCAGGAGAAAAACUAGAUCUUCACUUACAAUGUGCACAGAAGUGUUUUACUAUUUCCUUUGUUCCUCUAUUCUCAAUUUGUACCUGGUUACUUAUGAACGUUAUUUAUCGAUAAUGAAACCACUCUUCUAUCAUCGACGCAUGGGAUCCAGUUUUGUGGUUGGAGUGAUCAUUACUGCCUGGAUUUUUCCAAUCAUUCCUAUUACCAUUGACACGUUAUUCAGAACAAGAAUGAAAAUACAUCGUUUCUCCGUUGGCUACCUUAUUUAUCACUGGACACAAACGCUUUUAUUUCUGACAAUAUUUAUUGUUCUCGCGGCGGUGAAUAUAGCCAUGUUUCGAGUUGCCAAAAGACAACUGCAGGCAAUACAGGCUGUACAAUCCAUGAACUCCACAAUUGUUCGGCGACCAAGCGUUCAGUCUAGCAGACAGGAGAAAAGGACAACGUUUUUCUUUGUUUACAUUGUUACAAUAUUUUUGUUAUUCUGGCUUCCCAGGAUUGGAGGUGAAGUAUAUGAGCUAGUCCAUCACAAAGUUCUGGAUCAUACCAAUCCUGACGUUAUAACUUUAUGUAUUGCUCUUCUUACACCGAUAUUUGACCCUCUCAUCUAUCUGUUUUUCAAAGCCGACUUUAAGAAAGCCAUGCGAAAAAUGCUUCGCAAGAGUAAUCGGCUUCAAGCUCGUGUGUCUCCCUACAGAAAUACCCCAGCCGAGAGCUAAAUGAUUUAGGAGUAGUGGAGACAAACGCAUUGUGGUCAGCUUGUGAACUUGACACUCAUUAAAAAUCCGGCAACAAAGAUAUUUUUUAUUUUCGAAGUAUGGGGAAAAUAUUUCCAUUGCAUUUCUUUAUAAUGCAGAGCUCCUUUAUUUCCUCUCCGAAGCAGAUCUGGGCAGUGGAGAGUUUUCGUGACAGGAAAUGGACCUUAUCAGCGCAAGGCUAAACGGCAUUUGGACCCAACUUAUGUCUAAAAUGAACCGACUUUUUAUCAGUGGUGCAAGUGUCAAGUGUUCAAUCCUUGUGAAGCAAAUGAACCAUGUCUUGUAAAACCUACAAGACUUAAGGCACACUGAACAGAAAUUGUUGACUUAGAUUACUUCUGUCUUAUCUGAGAGUAAUUGCGAAUCUAAUGGGUAAACGUACCAGUUGAAUUGAUGUAUGCCGGCCAAACGUCGUUUAGGAACAGUUUACUAGUCAGAGGACCAAUUUUAUGGUGAUUCUAUCCCCAAGAACCAAUAUCUGGUCAUGGAAAUAACUCUACUCAUCAAUCUUAACCGCGAACAUCUUUACGGAGCACGGAAAUUCACAGAAGUUGGCCACAACCGACAAUGCGCUGCUUUAGUUGUACUGAAAGACCUUAAAUACCAACAGGCUACAAUAAAUCUUGCAUAAUGGAUGUCUAUUAUCGAGAAAUUAGAUUCAACUGACUUUUAAAGACAGGGAUCAACCAUCAUUUUAUACUGAUUGUCGUAUAUUUUGGCAGAUAUACAUGAACUAUUGAU